GUUCUCCUCCGCUACUAUCAGGAAUACCCAAAGUUUUUUUUCAAGGCAAAUCAUAAUGGAUUUCCAGAAUCGUGCAGGGUCCAAAUUCGGUGGCGGUGGUGUCGCAUCGCAAUCCGCGACCAACGCCGACCGUCGCGAGCGUCUUCGCAAGCUCGCCCUCGAGACAAUCGACCUGGAUAAGGACCCGUACUUCUUUAAGAACCAUGUCGGAAGUUUCGAGUGUCGUCUGUGUUUGACGGUUCACCAGAACGAUGGCUCUUACCUCGCCCAUACCCAAGGCCGCAAGCAUCAGACAAACCUGGCUAGACGUGCUGCGAGGGAGCAAAGGGAAGGAAAGAAUCAGGAUCCAUCGACGCUGCCGGGUGCGAUGGGCGUUCAGGUUAAGAAGCAGACCAUCAAGAUUGGUCGGCCUGGCUACAAGAUCACAAAGAUCAGAGAUCCAUUGACGCGGCAGCUAGGUUUACUGUUUCAGCUGCAGUAUCAGGAAAUCACACCAGGUGUUCAGCCCCGAGUACGGUUCAUGUCGGCCUUUGAGCAGAAGGUGGAGGACCCCCCGGACAAGAACUUUCAAUAUCUUGUCGUAGCCGCGGAGCCAUAUCAGACGUGUGGUUUCAAGCUUCAGGCUCGGGAGAUUGACCGUAGGGAGGGUCGCUAUUGGACAUGGUUCGAUGAAGAUAGCAAGGAAUUCUGGGUUCAGAUCAUGUUCAAGACUGAACGAGAGGAAAGAUUUAGCGGUGUCCCAGGUCUGGCACCGAUGGACCCCAAGUGAGCCGCCUAAAGUGGUGGUUACGUAUGGGUCUGCAUGAGAAGGAAAAGUUGACGAAAUUAUCUUUCCAUUCAACGGAGGUGCAUAGGGCGUUUGAGGAUCUGUUUUUUACUGCAGCUUUAUGUGAUUCAAAUUCAUGUUACCCCAGCUAUUGUAAUUUGGCCGAGAGCAGGCCUUCCGAUGGCGUCCUUUAUUAUAUCUAACUCUUUCUCCGUCUCAGCUGGUACAAACAUCAACCUGGAACAUUACUGAGUGCCACGGGAAAUUUACAAGGAUUGAAGCCUAUUACCAAGUUCAAGUAUUUCAUGGGAUCACCACCAACUAUUUUAUAUGCAAACUAGACUGAGAUGUAAAAGGUACAACUUUGUACUUUGGGUAUUUUU